AUGUCUUUUGAUAUAUCAGGUUCUUUGAAUUUGACCGGAUUCACCACUCGACGUAUUAUUUUCAUCGCUCUAUCGACGGUGGAAAUUCUGUUUCUAAGCUUGCUCUCCCUAUUCCCCUCCGCCACAUUGUACGUUAUCGCCCUAAUUUUAUGCGUGGCGCUUUGUCUUUCCACUGGAGCCUGUCUCGGAACUGAUUGCACAGAUGUCAAUUUUCUCCCUUCACUCAGCGCAGCAAUCAGCGAUGAACAGCCGCAGCGAAGCAUAUGGAUGUGUUUCAUUUGUAUAAGCUCAUCCAUACGAAUCCUCUUACUCUUCCCAGUAUCCCGCGUCUACCGUCGUCUUUGUCACACUCUGGGAGGUGCUCAUCUCGAUUGGAUGGUUACUCCCAUUUUCAGUCUAUCGACGGUGGAAAUUCUGUUUCUAAGCUUGCUCUCCCUAUUCCCCUCCGCCACAUUGUACGAGGCGCAUCGCAAUUGCCUAGCUAUAUUCGUUUUCUCAUCUGUGAUGUUCAUGGGAUUCGACACCUGCUUGUUUAUUCGAAUGGCACAACAUUCGAAGAAUCGCACAACGGUAUCUGAGGCUCGACGGAAAAGUUGGCUUUUUGCAAGUUAUCUUUUACUCCUGACAAUAAUCGCCGCCUUCUACUACGUGCACACCACGUACUGCCCUCCAUAUGUCUACUCCCUGUUUUCCUUCUUUGAAUACGUUGCAAUCGUGAUAAACGUACUAUACCAAUAUUAUGCCAACUGCCUGGUCGGAGCCGUCCCCAUGGGAGUUCUCUUGGAACAUUUGUCAUGCUCUGAUAAGAAAACGGACCGAAUCGAUCUUGCUUAUUUUUUCAAUCAGCAAUCCUCAUUGGCCACAAUACAAAACUAA